AUUGUGCUGGAGCUCAAAGAUGGAGGUAUGGUGUUUUUAGAUAUUUGUCUUUUGUUGCUACCUGUGCUGAGCCUUGCUUAUUUUUUGUUAUUAGAUGUGUUCCAGAUGUGCUUGCGGAGGCUAUUUAUUUAAGUGUUGAUUCAUACAUGAGAGCUCUGAGUAGAAUGUGGAUGAAUGAGGAAGAUGUACAGUAUGGAACUCAGCGGGCAAACAAUCUGGACCCCUUAGCAUUUAGUGAGCUGAUUCUGUACUUGUUUGUGGAGUAGGCGUGCAGCGGUGAGGCAGAGUCGCAGGACCUCAGAUUUCCAUCAUCUUGAAGGCGGGGCUAAACGACAGCAUUCAUAAACUGCUCAAGUGAUGCAUGCUGCUACUGUGGCUGUUGGAGCUUCCAGCAAACGUACACAGCAGUCCAUUAGAAGACAUCAAAAUGGUCCUCGUAAUUGAGGAUAAGCCUGCCUUUGACAAUGCUCUGAAAAAUGCUGGUGACAAGUUGGUAGUAGUGGACUUCACAGCCACAUGGUGCGGGCCCUGCCAGAACAUCGCACCAUUCUUUAAAGCGCUGUCUGAAAAACCAGAGAACAAAAAUUUAGUGUUUCUAAAGGUGGAUGUGGAUGAUGCACAGGAUGUGGCCAGUUUCUGUGACAUCAAAUGUAUGCCAACAUUCCAUUUCUAUAAGAAUGGGCAGAAGGUUGAUGAAUUCUCUGGCUCAAACCAAGCUAAGCUGGAAGUGAAGAUCAACUUGCAUAAAUGAAGGAAAACAAACAUGCACACACAUACUAAUAUAUAUAUAUAUAUAUAUAUAUAUAUAUAUAAUAUUUGGUCUGUCUUAUGUA